UUUUUUUUUAUCAAUACAUAAACCUUAAAUAUGCAGGUUAUUUUUUGUGUCACCUUACUACCAAAAAAUGCAACAAUCUUUAGUCUAGAUUUGUAUUUUACUAUUACACCAGAUUGUAGUACAAUAUGCAGCUUUUUAUUAUCAUUUGUACAAAAGAAUAGAAGAAUCCAACUUACAAAAAAGGAAAAAAGGAAGAAGCAAAUUUUACAUAUAUUAUAUGAAUAUAUAUUUAUAUACAUAUAUACACAUUAUGCACAUAAUAUAUAUAUUUGGUAUAUAAUGGAAUAAAGUUAAGAUUUUUU